UGGCGGGCGCUGGCGCCGGGGACGACGGCUGCGCGAGGGGCUGAGCGGCUGAGCGGGAGCGCGCCGCAAGCAGAGGGACAUGGCUCGAGCCGGUCCGGGAACAGAUUUCUGCGGACCUGUUGAGAUGUUUACUUUCAGAGAUGUAACUCUUAUCUUUCAAAGGAAGCACUUGUUGCACCUGGAAUAGGUCAAAAUGCAAAGACUGAGAAACCCUUUGGAAGAUGAAUUUCUGUAGCAUUUCAUUAACAUUAUAGUAUUGAGAAUGGAUAAGUGUAAACAUGUAGGAAGACUUCGGCUUGCCCAAGACCAUUCCAUUGUAAAUCCUCACAAGUGGCAUUGCAUGGUAUGCAAUACUACAGAAUCUGUAUGGGCCUGCCUCAGCUGCUCACAUGUUGCUUGUGGAAGAUACAUUGAAGAACAUGCACUAAAGCACUUUCAGGAAAGCAGUCAUCCAGUGGCAUUAGAAGUGAAUGAGCUGUAUGUUUUCUGCUACCUUUGUGAUGACUAUGUUCUUAAUGAUAAUGCAACUGGUGAUUUAAAGCUGUUGCGAAGUACAUUAAAUGCAAUCAAGAGUCAGAAUUAUGACUGUACUACUCGCAGUGGCAGGAUUUUGCGAUCGAUGGGCACAAGUGAUUACCUUUCCCAUAAUAGUGCUCAAGCCUUGCUUCGUAAUCAAGACCGUAUGUUCACAGCUCUAUGGCACAGGAGGCAUGCAUUAAUGGGCAAAGUUUUUAGAUCUUGGUUUGAACUGACACCAAGUGGGAAAAGGGUUUUAGAAGAAGAGAAGCUAAGGGAAGAAGCAGAAGAAAGAAGGAUCAAUGCUAAGAAGAAAAGAGAAGAGAGAAAGCGCCAGUUGAAAGAAGAAAUGGAAAAAAUGCCUCCAAGAAAGAGCUUUCGCUUGCAAAAUCAAAAUAAGGAAUCCUCAAAAAUAUCACUCUAUGCACUAAAAAUGUCACAGAAUUUGGACUCUGCUGUAGAACUGAAAGUAACAGCUACCUCAGAUGAUGUAAAAUUAAAAAAAAUUAAUGACUCUCCAGUUAAACGAAGGCCUACUGUGACUCCCGGUGUAACAGGAUUACGAAACUUGGGGAAUACAUGUUAUAUGAACUCUGUUCUCCAGGUAUUGAGUCAUUUGCUCAUAUUUCGGGAAUGUUUUUUAAAGCUUGAUUUGAACCAAACUCAAGAGUUGUUAGCAGCUGCAGCCAAUGGCAAAACAAGAUCAUCUUCUAAGCAUUCUCCAUCUGCCGGCUCUAUAUUUCAUGUGAACAAAAGUCAAUUUAAGGACAAGGAGUCUUCUGCAAGGCGAUCUAGUGUUUCAUCAGGCUUAAGUGGUGGAGCGUCAAAUAGCAGAAAUAUGGAACUUAUUCAGCCUAAGGAGCCAAGCUCAAAGUACAUUUCUCUUUGUCAUGAGCUGCAUACAUUGUUUCAAGUCAUGUGGUCUGGCAAGUGGGCUUUGGUAUCUCCAUUUGCCAUGCUCCAUUCUGUGUGGAGACUAAUCCCAGCUUUUCGUGGUUAUGCCCAGCAAGAUGCUCAGGAAUUUCUCUGUGAACUUUUGGAUAAAGUACAGCAAGAAUUGGAGACAGCUCGUACAAAAUGCCCAGCCCUCAUCCCCACUUCUCAAAGGAAACUCAUCAAACAGGUUUUGAAUGUGGUCAAUACAAUUUUUCAUGGACAGCUUUUAAGCCAGGUAACGUGUCUUGCGUGUGAUAAUAAGUCUAAUACUAUAGAACCCUUCUGGGAUCUGUCACUGGAAUUUCCUGAACGAUACCACUGCAAUGGAAAGGAGACAACCUGUCAGCAUCCAUGCUUGUUGACGGAAAUGUUGGCCAAGUUUACAGAAACUGAAGCAUUGGAAGGAAAGAUAUAUGCCUGUGAUCAGUGCAACACAAAACGAAGGAAGUUUUCUUCUAAGCCCAUUAUACUCACAGAAGCACAGAAGCAACUUAUGGUAUGCCGACUACCUCAAGUUCUGCGGUUACACCUUAAGCGGUUCAGAUGGUCAGGACGUAAUCAUCGUGAGAAGAUUGGUGUGCACGUCAGCUUUGAUCAGACGCUCAACAUGGAGCCCUAUUGCUGCAGAGAAUCUCUCAAGUCCCUUGUUCCAGAUUGCUUUACCUAUGACCUGUCUGCUGUUGUGAUGCAUCAUGGGAAAGGUUUUGGCUCAGGACACUACACUGCCUAUUGCUAUAACUCAGAAGGAGGAUUCUGGGUUCAUUGCAAUGAUUCCAAGCUCAACAUGUGCACUAUGGAAGAAGUAUGCAAGGCCCAGGCCUACAUCUUGUUUUAUACUCAACGAAUUACUCAGGCAAAUGGACACUGUAAAGUUUCAGCUCUUGACUCACCAUCUGGAAAACAGCCAAAUACUGAGGUUAAUUGUUCCAGUGCAGAUAGUAACAGCUAAUCCAAAGCCAAUUUAAUAUGUACAGUACAAGUCUGAGAGUUGUCACUUGUACAUGUGUUGAGAUGAGUAAGUGCAGUAUUGUACAAUGUAUCUUCAUACCCUUUUGUACUAGCUGAAAACUUGUUUUGGGGAAUUUUUUUUUUUAGUAUAAAUACUUUUUAUUGAUGGUAGUUAACUUCCAAAAUUACUAGGAUAUCUGUAUAGCUAUUUUUUUAAAAGAAAUUUGCCAUUUGAAUUGUUAAAUCUUACCUCAAGCUGUUUCUCAGCAUUUUUAUAUUUUGAUAUUUUGGUGUAGAAAACAUAGAUAAGGAAUUUUGGUGAGCAACUUGUGUAAUUUUGGAAUUUUUUUUAUAAAAAAUGUGCAUUUUAUACCAUGUUUCCUGAAGUACCAGUCAUUGCAGGCAUAUGUCUUGCUUCCACAGAAUUAUAAAAAAAUAAGAUGGUAUAAAAUGUAGAACUUUGCUUUCCCCUCUGAACUGAAAAGUCCUGCAGAGAGCAAAAUACAACUCUGCUUCCUACCUCCAUUUGGUAAACCAUAUUAUCUACUCAGUCACUAAGUCCUGGGGAGAAGCAACAAGAUAUUUAUUCGGUGUAUGCAACUGCUCAGUGCUAGGGGAAGAAUAACUGGCAAAUUAUUACCCCUCUCAACUGUAUCAAUAAAACACCCCAAAUCUGA